AUGGCCCAGGAAACCUUCGCCUUCACCUCCUCCGCUCUGCGUUCACUGCAGCUCCAGCGAGAGCUGCUGGAGCAGGAGGAUCGCCGGCGAGCCCUGGCUUGGGAAUCAGCCACGCGACGGUUCCUGCCGGCGAGCCCCCGGCCCCCCCUGACCCCCCGCCGGCGGCCCCAGUACUGCCGGGACCCUGCUGUUCACAACGCCCUGUACACCGGGGACCUCCUGCGUGUCAAGAGCAUCUUUAAGGAUGAGACCACCGCCAACCUGAUCAUGGAGACGGUCAGCGAGGAGCUUGUGUGGUCGCCUGAGCAGGGGCUGUGGGUGCUGAGCCCCCGCCGGCAGCAGACCUCGGCCCUGCGCAUCGCCGCCGGCCGAGGCUACGGCGACUGUGCCCGGCACCUCGUGCUCCGGGGAGCGGAGGUGGACGCGGUGGUGGGGGGCCGGGCCCCCCUCCACGACAGCGUGGCCGCCCCCCGCCCCGAAUGCACCCGCCUGCUCCUGGCCUUCGGGGCCGACCCCAACGUGCUGAGCGCCGAGGGCUCGGCCCCGCUGCACCUCUGCACCGCGCCCGACAGCCUCCCGUGCGCGGAGCUGCUGCUGGCGCACGGGGCACGGGUGAACCUGGGGACGAGGGACCGGCAGCUGACGGCCCUGCACGUGGCGGCGCGGCAGGGGCUGGUGGCCCACGUGGAGCUGUACCUGCGACACGGCGCCGAUCCUGCCCGUCGCAGCCGCCAAGGCGAGACCCCCCUCAACGCCGCCUGCUCGGCCGCCGAGCGCCCCGAGGAUGCCGAGCGUUACUACCAGGUGGUCGAGCGGUUGUUGGCGGCCGGUGCCGAUCCCGGUGCCGCCGGCCGCAAGGAUCACACGCCGUUGCACAACGCCUGCGGUAACGGGCAAGCCAGGUUGGUGCGGCUGCUGUUGCGGCACGGGGCCGAUGCCACCGUCCCCAACUGCGCCGGUUACACCCCCAUGGACUGCGCCCUCCACGCCGUCGAGGAGUACCGGCACCAGCGCCCCGAGGAAACCAUCACCCUCCUCCUCAACCACGGCGCCGGCCCUGUCCACCCCAAGAUGCUCAAGUUCUGCUGCCGGCACCCGCCGGCGCUGGAGGUGGUUCUCAACGCCUACGACCGCAUUCCCCCUGCCGAGGGCUGGGUGGGGACCGUGCCCCCGGAGCUGUGGGAGGAGCACCGGGAUUUCUACGCCUCGGCAGUGCGCAUGGCAGGCCGGCCGCGCCGGCUGCAGCACCUGGCCCGCUGCGCCCUGGGCCCUGUCCCGCCCCCGCCGGGCUGCGCCCCUUCCCCACCGGGGCCGGUGUCGGCCAGGCAAGGGGCCGCUGCAGAAAGAACCGGGAAGGCUUUGACCGACGUUAACCGGGCUCCUCGCCCCGCUGCCGGCCGUCACUCUGCUCCCUUCCGGGAACGGAGCCGGUGCUCGGGGAUGGCGUGA